GAAUAUAAAUAUAGCAAUGGUAUAUUUGUGAACAACAUGCCUUGCAGACGCGGUGUAUAUUUUGGUAUAUUGCGCGAUUGUGCGGUGCGGUCACACUUGUGUGUGUAGCAGCAACAUAAUUGCAAAAUAAACGACGCCACAUAAACAUAAACAUAAACAGCUAAAACAUUGUAAAUUGAGUGACAAGAAAAAGGCGCGAAUAGCGGAUUAAACACCAAAGUGAGUGUGUGUGUGUGAGUGUGAGUGUGUGUGUGGUGCAUGCAUGUAAAUGGAGAUGGAGAAGAAGGCCAAAGAGCAAUUGCGUCGGUAUAAGAAGUCGCGACAUGCGCACAGCAGCAGCGACAGCUCCAGCACCGACACCGAUAGCGGCAGCAGCUCGUACAGCAGCUCCGACAGCGAACGGGAGGCCCACCACGGCCACGGCGGUCAUCCGCAUCAGCAGCAACGUUCGGCCGAACGGCAUCAUCGCAAAAAGAAGAGUUCACGGCGAGCGGGCAGCUCGUCCGGCGACGAGCGACGGAAGCGUGACAAGCGCGAACGUGAGCGUGACCGCGAUCGGGAUCAUGUGCAAAAGAAGCUGGUGGCCAAGCGCAAUCAUCUCAAGCGCAAACUUAAGGAGGCGCGUCUCAAGAAACGCGCUGCAGCCGCCUUAAGUGGCCACGGCCACCGAGCGUUGUCCCCAGCCACGCAGGCCAAACUCAAGAAGCUGGCAGAGCGCAAGCAUUUGCGGGCCGAGAGCAAGGAGCAGCGUGAACGCGAGCGCGAAAAGUUGCGCAGCGUGCAUCGCGAGCGAGAGCGCGAACGGGAGCGUGAUCAUCAUCGGUUGGGCGGCAGCAGCCGGUCGCCAACGGGUGCAGCGAGCAGCACCACGACAACGACGAAGAUACGCAUUCACCAGGAUGUGGUGGGCAAGCGGCAGAAGAGCCCGGGCGCCGGUGGCCUCUCCGGUGGCCUUGGCGGCGGUGGCCUGGGUCCCAACGGCAAUGGCGGACCCGCGGCACGGCAGCUGCAUCAUCAGCUGAUGUCGCGCGAGAAGAUCAUCAUACAGACGCGCACACGCGGACGUACACCGUCGCUGGAGCGUGAGCGUGAACGCGAGCGCAUGGAGCGUGAACGUGAACGCGAGCGAGAACGCGAACGCGUCGAGCGUGUGGAGCGCGAGCAUGAGCGCCAGCGUCAGCACGAGCACAAGCUGCAGCGGCACGAUGAUCUGUCGCUGCGCGAACGUGAACGCGAUCGCCGCGAGCGUGAACGCGAACGUGCUGAGCGCGAGGCGGCUCGCGACAAAGAGCGCGCCGAGGCGCUGGCCCGUUGUCAGGAGCGACAGCGUGAACGCGAGCGUUUGGCUCGCGAGAAGAUGCGUCGCCAGGCCGAAGAAGACGAAGCGGUGGCCGGUGGCAAGAAGGGUGGACCGUAUGGCGUCGCUGGAGGCAGUGUGCGUGAGCUGGACAUGGCCAUGCAGCCAUACGGAAGUCGCGAGCGCUCCCUGGAGACGGUGGACCGUGUGGGCGGACGACAUGUGCGCGACAAGCGCGAACUGGACGCCUAUGAGCGGGAGCAGGAGUUCUUGGAGGCGGAGCGUCAUGGGCUGAUCGACGAGAUGCGUCGCUACGGUGGCCAGAGGCGUCGAGAGCUCAGUCCGCUGCCCGAACACUAUGCACAGCGCAUGCGCGAUCCACGCGACAUCUACUCGGAGGAGGAGCGCGAGCGUGCCUACAAACGCGCCUAUCUCGAUGCACGCUACUCGCGGGAGCGCGAAGCUUGGCUCGAUGCGCGCGAAAUGCGCGACUAUCGCGACCUGGACGCCGAGGUGGCGCUUUAUGCCGACGAGCGAGAGCGCAUCUUGCGUGAUCGCGAACGCGAGCGAGAAAGAGAACGCGAACGUUUGCCAGCGCGUGGCGAUUAUCGCGCCGAAUGGGAACGCGACUGGGAUGAGGACAAUGGCGGCGUCGGCGGUGGCGGUGGCAUCGGUCCAAGCGCCGGUGGCGGCGCCAAUGGCAGUGGUAAUGGAACGCCAGGACGUGCCAGCGGCUUUGUGGGCGGUCCCAAGCGUGGCGGCGGCGGACCAAAGCCACCGACAGCGCAGUCAGCGCAGCAGCAACAACAACAGCAGCAGCAACAUCACUCGGCCUCGGAACCCGAUUGGGAUGCCGAUGAGCGUGAGGAUGGCGUCGGCGGUGGUGGAGGCGGAGGUGAUGGUGUUAAGAAUGAGCCCGCCUGGCUGGAGCAUGAUCAACGCGAGAAACCCUCACGUCCCUGGCAGCAAUCGAGCAACGAUUGGCGCGACAAUGAUGAGCCCAGCUUUGGACGUGGCGGCGUCCAGAGUAAUGUGAACGCUGGCAACGACAGCGGUUCGGUGGCACAUCAUGCGGCCAACUCGUCGCCGCAUCAUCAUGUGCAUCCGCGUGGCGAACGCGGCGCCGGACGCGGCUUUCGACGUGGCGGCGGUGGCGGAGGCGCUGCCCACAAUCACGAGCAUGGCGAGCGUGGCUAUCGCUCGCAUCCGCCUCCGCUGAUGACGCUGCCCGUGCAACCUCCGGGUGGCUAUCACGGCAGCUCGCGCGGCUUUCCACACAAGCGAUUGCCUUAUGGCGGAGGAGGAGGAGGCGGUGGCUUCCUCAAGAAGCAGCAUGCGCACAUGUCAGCGACAGCAGCCGCUGCAGCAGCAGCUGGCGGAGGUGGAGCUGCGGGAGCCGCAUCACAGUUGCAGCAGACGCAACAUCAACAACACCAGCAGCAACAGCAGCAGCAACAACAACAGCAGCAGCAGCAACAACAACAUGGCCAAGCGAAGCCAAGCAAUGCGGCAGCUCAGGCCAGCGCUGUGGCAGCGGCAACAACAGCGGUUGCAGCAGCGAAGGCAGCUGCACAAAGUGCUGCGAAUGCGACCACAAAUCCGGGCAUUCUAGCUCAGGUGAGCAAGCUGGCGACGACGAGCAUUAAGCAGGAGGAUGCCAGCGAGGAUUCUGCGGGCACACCCGAACCCACAACCACAAGCAGCAGCAUUGGCAACGCCUCCGAGACGGGUGCCGGAGAUGCGGCGGCAGCAACAGACGCUGCCACGUUGCGGCAGCUGCAGCUGAAGCAGGAGCCCAAGACGAACGGAGAGCUGAGCGAGAUUAGCGACAGCGACGAUGACAUACUCAACAAAACGGACAAGGUGAAGCCCAAGUGUGAGCUGCAGCUGGAGGUGGCACAAGAGCUGUCCGCGGAUGCGUUGUCCAACAGUGAUGAGCACAUCAAAAGCGAGCCCGAGAAGACAGCAACAGCCACAACGCCAACGCCAACAGCAGUGGCAACAACUGGCGCAACAGCAACUGUUGCUGCACUGACUCCAGCGACAGCUGUGCAGGCGUGCAUCAAGAGCGAGGAUGUGGACGAAGUGCUCGACUUUGAGGAGAUCUCCGAUGGCGAACUCGAAGAAGACGCCAGGCACAAAGGCAUUGGCGAUGCUUUGGGUGUUGACUGGCAAGGCUUGAUAGCGGAGACACGCAAGCAGGCCACGGAUCAUGCCGCCCAGCAAGGCGUCGAGCGCAACACAUCGGCCAAACAACGCUGGCAACCGCAUCAUGUGCUGCUCGACAUGGGCAUCAGCUUUGAGAUGGCUGGGCCGGAGUAUGCGCGUCGUGUGCUCGACGAGGCGCGUCAACAGUUGCGCCAGGAGAAGGAACAACAGCAGCUGGCAUUGAUCAAGACCGAACCGCAAAUGGAGGCAGCAACCACAACAACAUCGACAACCACAACCACAGCAACAUCCGCUGUCAAGAAGCCGCCUGUGCACGAUUAUCGUGAACUCCUCGAUCCGGAGCAUGUGGAGCCGUUGGCUUGCGUCCAGAUGGGUUUGCGAAGCGCGGCAGCUGAACGUUUGCGUCUUGUGGGCAAUGUCUGUGGUCCCGGCAGUCGGGCGCUUAGCGCUCGUCAGGAUUUGCGACUGCGACGGCAGCUGUGCGGUUUACCUGCCAGGGAAUGCGAUUUUCCGCGCAACGUGCCGCUGGUGAGCGAGGGACUGCGAUCCCUGGCCAUGCACAUGUUUCAGCGCACGCUCGAUGUCAAAUGAGAUCCGCUCGCUCGACAGCGGCUCGAGCAAUUUAGCUAUAGACUAGA